AUGGCAGACGAAACAACACUUGGAACAGAUGACAAAUUGCAAGAAGAAAUUGAAAAAAUGAAAACCGAAAUACAACAAUGGGAAGAAAGAGAUAAAACACCAGAAUAUAACAAACAAAUACAAGUUAUGCAAGAAUUGGAAGACGAAAUGGAUUCUGAAUGGAAAAAAAUAAUAGCAGAAAUGGAAAAUGCGGUAAAAGCAAAAAAAAUACAAGAUGAAGAAGAAAAUGAAGAAAGAUUAAAAGAAAUAUACAAGAAAGCAAAAGAACUAAACAACAAAGAAUUAGAUAGAGCAAAAGAGCUAAUAACCGAAGCUCAAAAAGUAAAAGAAGAAUUAAAUACAACUACAGAGCAAGAAUCUUCAAGAAAAGCUAAAAUUAAAAAAAUACAAGAUGAAGUAAAGGAGUUUAAAAUAGAAAGGAGAAGACAAUGGGAUGAAUAUUACAUGAAGAUAGCCUGUUUAGCUGCUCUAAGAAGUAAAGAUCCAAAAACACCAGUUGGUACAUGCAUUGUUGACAGAGAAAAUGGGCAAAUAGUUGGGAUUGGUUAUAAUUCCAUGCCAAAAGAUUUGGAAAAUGCAAGCUCUCGGUGUGAAAAUAACUCUGUAAAUCCUAAAUUAAAAUAUGCCUAUGUUGUUCAUGCAGCAGUUAAUGCUAUUCUUAACAAGACGAGAGAGAGUAUCAAAGGAUGCACAUUAUACACAACACUGCAUCCUGAUGAAGAUUGUGCUCAUGCUAUAAUACAAGCUGAAAUAAAAGAAGUUGUUUACUGUAUGUACAAAAGGAAAGAUGAACUGGAUCCUGACCAGAAAAAAGCACAAGUUCUUUUUAAAAUAAAAAAGGUUUACUACAGGAUUUUACCAAAAGAUAAUUUGAAAGAUGAUAAAUAUGUGAAAGAAUUACAAAAAAGGAUCGAACAAGGUAAAAAAAAGAAAGAAAAUGCAGAGAGAGAGCCCGAACCAGCAACAACUAUACCACCGGAAAAAUUCUUUAUGAGAAUGGCAAAACUUAGCCAAAAAAGACCAGGAGACUUUCAAAACAAAGCAGUAGGAGCAUGUAUAGCAUCACCAGACAAACAAAUAGUGGCUGUAGAAUACAGUGGUGAGCCUGAUGGUAUACAACUUGAAAUUGAAAGAAAAGCAAAAGAAUUACAUCCAGGGCUAAAAACGAGUAAUUUGUCAAGCUUUUUUGUACAUGCUGAAUACAGAGCAAUUGUGGGUAGAUCAGUUAGAGGGUGUACACUAUAUGUCACUUCAUAUCCAUGCAAUGUGUGUGCUAAAAUGAUAGUAGAGUCUGGUAUAAAAGAGGUGGUACAUUAUAAAAAUGGAGAUUGGAAUGAUGAUCGAUGUUAUAGCUCAAGAAAAAUAUUGACUACUUGUUUAGGUCCUUCAAACAUAAGAAAAUAUGGGAGUGGAGACAGUAAAAAUGAGAGUCAAGAUGAAGCAAGUCGCAGUAUUGCUAUUGAAGGGCCAGGCCGUACUUACAUUGGAAAGAUAACAAUAACUGAUGUGCAGUAGUGAAAUAGUGAAUCACGUACAAUAUAUCUAGCAUUACAAAACAUUAUUAUUAUUAUAUUAGUAUUACUACAUGUAGUGUUGGUAGCAUUAUUUGCAGACUAGUAUUAGUAUUAAUAGUUAUUAGUGUUAAAUUAUAUAAUGAGAUGGCAAGUGUCAUGAAUAAUAAUUAAGGUGUGUGG